ACCUUCUCCAUAUUUUAAAACGUGUCAUCUGUUAUAAACUCGCCUGGACAUAGGCCAUCGCUCAGGCUGUUUGCCAAACUGUUUCGAUGUUUUAAUUUCUUCUCGCAAGAACGUCCUUGUUUCCAUAGCAACCGAAGCAGCUGGUAGCAGAGUGUUAGCAUGCCAAGUACACAAGUACUGACGGUAUAAAGGUAAACAGUGUAUAGGAAAACAUGGAGAAGAAGUUCUGCCUUCAGUCGGAGUCUGUGAGGAAGAGGUGAAGGUGAGGAGGAAGACAGAGGAGCUGAGGAAGAUGGAGGACAUCGAGGAGUUGACGUCUACUGGACACAAAGCUCUGCAGGAGGGACGGCUAGAGGACGCUCUGAGAUGCUUCAAGGAUGCAUUGAAGACUGCCACACAGCUACAGGACUCCCGGGUUCUGCGGGCCUGUUCCUUUAACCUUGGAGCGGCCUACGUGGAGGCAGGCCAGCCUAACAAAGGUCUGGACCUCCUGCGGCAGGCUCAGCCUGGCCCAAAGGCAGACCGCCUCCCAGACCUCCAGUUCAACCUGGGCCUGGCCCACAAUGCACUGGGACAGAGCUGGGAGGCUGCCGCAUUCUUCCUGCAGGCUGCUCAGCUGUACCGGUCGCAGGGUGACGGACGCAGUGAAGGAGACGCCUGUAUGGAGCUGAGUCACUGCUACAGCAGAACCCAGGAUUGGUCUCUGGCGGUUCAGGGCUUCUUGCGGGCUGCAGAGAGUUACAAAAUGGCUGCCAUGUUAGAUUCUGCAGCUACAGCGCUGAAAGAAGCAGGAAGUCAUAUGAUCCAAUCAGAUGAAUUCAGCCAGGAUGACAUCAGUGCCGUCUUGACAGAGUGUUUGAGUCUGACGGACAGCAUCAGUGACCAGAGGAUUCUGGGUGAGCUGUACCUCUCAGUGGGUGUGUCCUACUGCCGGCUCAGGUGUUUUCAGGAGGCGGUGCAGUGUUUCCAGUUGGCUCUGGGCCCUGCCGCUCAGUGCCCCCCUCUGCUGGCCAGUGUGCUGCACAACCUAGGAGCUGCCCUCAACUCUGUGGGCCAGUUCAGCCCUGCAGUGGGCUACCACAGGCUGGCUGCAGGGCUGUAUGGCUCUCUGGGUUGCCGUGGUGACCAGGCUCGAUGUUUUACAAACUUGGCAUUUGCCUGCAGUCAGCUGGGGGAUGAAGAGGAAGCAGCAGAGAGCUUCAUCCUUGCUCUGCAGGGCUUCAGAGACACAGAGGAUCACCUGGCUCAGGUUCAGGUGUGUGAAUCACUGGCUGAAUGUUACCUUAAGCAGAGCAAGCAGCAGAAAGCUGUCCAGCUCUACAAAAAGGCUCUGAGCACGCUCUCUCACUGCCAGGACAGUGGUGGUGUUCAGGACCGACUGGUGGAGCGACUGACUGCAGUUCUGAAGAUGAGUGUUGGGCUGCAGAGGCCAGUCAGGCCACGCCCACUAAGACCACACCCACAAAGCUCACCUGUUGGACAGAAUGUCAGAAAGGGUGACAUCACACAUGGUCCAGGCACAGCAGCCAAUCAGCAGUCAGACGAGCAGAGCGGGGAGGGGUCAGGUGAGCAGGGAGCAGGAGGCGAAGGUACUGAUGCACCUGAAUACAUGAGUGUAGCAUCUGGACAGAACAGUUCAAACCAGACAGACCAGCUGCAGCACAAAGAGUCACUACAACCAAAUACAUCUGGUGAGCUGUGGUUGGACAGAGGGAACUCUCACUUUGACAGUGACACCUCAUUGGUUCAGCAGGAAGAGGCCACACCCACCAGUUCAAGGGAUGUCAGAGAGGCCACACCCCUUUUGACCAGGUGGCGGUCUCGGUUUUGUUUGCUGAUGUAACACUCUACUGUCUGCUAAUUGGUCAGUUCACUGGUUGUGUACUGAUUAAUGACAUUAUCAGUCUGACUGAACAGAGACUCUGGUGUCCAUGGAAACGCUGAAGGAGGAGUACACCUGAGUACAAGUAAUGAUGUCUGAGGAUUUCUAAGGUUUAAUCUGCCACAGGUGGAGUCUGCUGAUGUAGCGACUGAUGCAGCACUGUUUAGCUCCUUUCAGACAUAAAAUCCAUUGUAUUAAUCUCACAAAAUCUGAACAUUUCACUCGA